CUCAGCUGUUUGCACGAUGACAAGCCCCGUGAACGGCACGAAUGGUACAGUAAAGGAGGAGGAGGAGGAGGAGGAGAAGGUACCUCAAAAUCAUCUCGAUGCUGAAGACGAAGUUGAUGACGGCGAGGAAGACGGCGUAGCUGAAACAGGAGCGGGAGGGGACAGCAAGAAGAAAAAGAAAAAGAAGAAAACCGAAGAAGAAGAAGGCUACUGAGCAGCAGACAGAGCCACCACGCGUAGGCUUGUCAAAACUAUUCUCUGACGGACACUAUCCCGAAGGCGAGACGCAUGAAUAUAAGGACGACAAUGCUUGGCGAACAACGUCAGAAGAGAAAAGGUAUAUUGAACGUAUGAUCAUGGAAGAUCCUGAGCAGACCUACAACAAUAUCCGCAAGGCUGCUGAGGUCCACAGACAAGUACGACGAUAUGCACGCAAGGUCAUUAAGCCCGGAAUGAGCAUGAUAGACAUUGCGGAAACUAUCGAGAACGGCACGAGGGCAUUAGUGGAGGAAAACGGUUUGGAGGCGGGCGUCGGCUUCCCUACGGGCCUGAGUGUCAACAACUGUGCCGCACAUUACUCGCCGAACGGCGGAGAUACCAUGGUCUUGCAAAAUGGCGACGUCCUAAAGGUCGACUUCGGUGUACACGUCAAGGGACGCAUUCUCGACUCGGCAUUCACGCUGACCUUUGAUCACACGUACGACAAAUUGCUCGAGGCCGUGCAGGCAGCCACCAAUACUGGAGUUCGGGAAGCGGGCAUUGAUGCACGACUGGGCGAGAUCGCCGGUUCCAUCCAGGAAACGAUGGAGUCGUACGAAGUGGAGAUUAAUGGCAAACUUAUACCCGUCAAGGCUAUCGAGAAUUUGAGUGGUCACUCAAUUAACCCAUACCAGAUUCAUGGUGGCAAGUCAGUAUGCCUCGUGAAAAACAAUGACCAAACGAAGAUGGAGGAGGGCGAGUACUUCGCCAUCGAGACGUUCGGUUCGACGGGCCGUGGCCGAGUUGUGGAGAGUGGCGAGGUAUCGCAUUACGCCAGGCAGGUGGAUGCCCCAAAUGUCACCCUCCGACUUACUACCGCAAAAUCUUUGCUGAAGACCAUCAACAAGACCUUCGGCACGCUUCCGUUUUGUAGACGGUAUCUUGAUCGAGCUGGCGAGAGCCGAUAUCUUCUCGCGCUCAACCAUCUAGUCUCCCAAGGCAUUGUGCAAGAUUAUCCUCCAUUAUGCGAUGCUCCGGGUGCGAUGACAGCCCAAUUCGAGCACACGAUCCUUUUGAGGCCUACUCGGAAGGAGAUUGUCAGCAGAGGCGAUGACUAUUGAUCAGCUGGUCCCCUUCCCGCGACGAGAAGCGCGCCGUUUGUGGCCCGAGUAGCUAUGUACCUAGUUCCGUUCCUUGUUUACCCCCAAUCGACUGGAUGGUGCGUCCGG